CAUCCUCUUAACAGAAAGGUAACAGUGUCCAAAGGUCAUAAUUCAGUAGGUCAACUUAUCAAAGAUAUAAACAUUCCAAGAUCCCUUGUCCCCACUUAGCUACUGAAAGAGUGCGGGUUAAUAACUUGCUAGGUCAUAAUUACAAGGCAGCUGAGAACUCUUAUCAAUUGCACUCGUCAUGCUUAGUUGCUGAUUAGAGGUAAACAUUGGAUCUCAUAUUGGAUCGGACAAGCCAUAAAGAUAUCUACCCAGACUAUCUGUUAACAAUUAAAAUAAAUAGUUUGCAGGGGAAUCGAUUUAAUAUAAUAAUUCCAUAUUUAUGAGUAAUGGGGUUUCAAGUCCACAAACAACGACGUUUGUACCCGCUCGUCAGUUCGAGUUCGAGUAGUGCAUUAUAUAGGGGGUUCUGGUUGGACCUGUUAUAGAACAGCUUCCCAGCGAUGCUCUCAGUUUUUCCCCCACUUUUAUAAAUUUAAGAGAGCCGGGAUCGAAGGCAGUUUUAUGCUGUGCACUUUGUGCUGCAUAGUUUUGAGCUUGUAGGAAGAAUCGUAUUUUUAAGAUCAAUCAAUACCUUGAUAAGAAUGUUGGGUAAGUACGAUAGAACCAAGAGGAUCUCAACAUCAUUUCGACAGUCAAUUGAAUUUGCAGGCUAGUUAUCUACUUAUAUAUUUGCUUGUUUAGUUCCAAGAGUCUAACAGCCAGCAGCUUUCGAUCUAAUCAGCAGUGGCCGAGUGCUCUGGCAAAUCCAUAUACUAAUAUGGAGAUAGCGCCACGUGAACUUUCCCAGGCCCCCGUCCAACGUUAUCCACGGCGGUGGGCGGUGGUCGGUGGUCGGAACUUUGUCCUAAUCAAUCGGAACUUCGGAUAGGAGCGAAGCCAUGGGUCACCGUGAAGAGGCACUUUUUGGUGCGUUCAUCUCGGAAAGUGCGCCAACGGAUCACGCAGAUCCUUGUGCAGCUCUUCUUUUCCUUCACAGAAAUCCACAUUGACAUGGAAGCUGUAAGUCUCCCCACUUCCCAUGGUCAUGGCACCAAGUGCCGCCUGGUUUUGACCCCGGUCAUAGUUUUUGGCCUUCCCAUUGGUUUUCGGCUUCAUUGCCCUGAUUGUGGACGCCUUAUCGCAAUCCGCGCCAGCUACAAAACAGCCCCGCCGCUGAGCAAUCACAAGCAGUCGAUGGCCAACGGUGCCAGCGUAAAUAGAUCCAUCCCAUUUUCAACCCAGAGUGCCGAAUCGGAAUCCCAAAAAAAACAUGUAUCUGGAGCUCUUGGCCAUUUUCCUGGCGACCGUUUUCGCCUGGGAUUAUUUGCGAAACAGGCGCCACAACAAGAUGUACGCCGCCGCUGGAAUCCGAGGACCCAGGAGCUAUCCUCUGGUGGGAAACGCUCCCAUGAUGAUCAAUGAGUCACCCAAAACUAUCUUCAAUCUGCAGGACCGAUUGAUUGCUGAGUUUGGUAAAAACAUAAGAAUUCAGAUGAUGGGCGAACGUGGCUUUAUGACCGCUGAUCCAAAAAUGAUUGAGGCGAUCAUGAGCAGCCAGCAGACGAUUCAGAAAAACAAUCUUUAUGGGCUCCUGGUCAAUUGGCUCGGCGAUGGACUGCUCCUUAGCAAAGGCAAAAAGUGGUUCCGCCGCAGGAAGAUCAUCACACCCGCAUUCCACUUCAAGAUCCUGGAGGACUUCGUGGAGGUCUUUGAUCAACAGAGCGCCAUUAUGGCUCAGCAGCUGUACGAUCGGGCGGAUGGCAAGACGGUGAUAAAUAUGUUCCCGGUGGCUUGCCUGUGUGCCAUGGAUAUCAUUGCGGAAACGGCCAUGGGUGUGAAAAUUAAUGCUCAGCUCCAGCCGCAAUUCUCCUACGUUCAGUCGGUCACAACUGCCUCUUCAAUGUUAGCUGAACGCUUCAUGAACCCCCUCCAGCGUAUAGAGUCAUGGAUGAAGAUCCUUUAUCCGAAAUUGACAGCCAAGCUGAAUGCUUCCGUAAAGAACAUGCAUGACUUCACCAACUCGGUAAUCACUGAGCGGCGCGAGCUCCUACAGAAAUCCAUUGCCGAUGGGGGAGAUCCCGACGCUGCCCUCCUUAACGAUGUAGGUCAGAAGCGUCGCCUGGCCUUGCUGGAUGUGCUGCUGAAGUCCACAAUCGAUGGGGCUCCGUUGAGCAACAGUGACAUCCGCGAGGAGGUCGACACCUUUAUGUUUGAGGGCCACGACACUACGACUAGUAGCAUUGCUUAUACCUGCUAUUUGCUAGCACGUCAUCCAGAGGUUCAGGCUCGCGUCUUCCAGGAGGUCCGAGAUGUUCUCGGGGAUGACAAGUCGACUCCAGUUACGAUGCAGCUCCUGGGCGAGCUCAAGUACUUAGAGUGCGUGAUAAAGGAGUCGUUGCGCCUGUUUCCCUCGGUGCCGAUCAUUGGACGCUACCUUACCCAGGACACCUUACUCGACGGCAAGCUUAUACCCGCCGACUCGAAUGUGAUGAUCCUUAUUUACCAUGCUCAGCGCGAUCCAGAUUACUUCCCUGAUCCGGAGAAGUUCAUUCCUGACCGUUUCAGCAUGGAGCGCAAGGGCGAGAUCAAUCCAUUUGCCUAUACUCCCUUCUCCGCCGGCGCGAGGAACUGCAUCGGCCAGAAGUUCGCAAUGCUCGAGAUGAAGAGCACCAUCAGCAAAAUGGUGCGACACUUUGAGUUGCUGCCUCUUGGCGAGGAAGUCCAGCCCGUAAUGAACCUUAUCCUGCGUUCGUCCACGGGAAUCAAUUGUGGCCUGAAGCCACGCGUCUAUUAGGUGUUGCGAGAUUGAGAUUUUUUUUUGACUAGUUGUAAGUGACCGAUUCUGUAAAUAUUUGAAUAAAAUACUUGUACAUAAUUAUAUCCAGUGAUGGAUGGUGUUUUUU